UGGAUCAUGCGUGUACUCAUUUAAUUUGUUUGGGGUUGUUUUAUGUGAAGAAAAUAAUUUAGUUUUAUUCGGCCUAGUAGAAGUUGUGUGGAUCACAAUUAAUAAAAAUGUCCUUGAAGCGGAAAGUCGAUAUUCAUGUUCCUGCAGAGGAGAGUGAUUUGAUGUCAAUUCGUCCUCUGGGUGCCGGGCAAGAAGUCGGUAGGUCUUGUAUCGUAUUGGAUUUUAAAGGGAAAAAGAUAAUGCUAGAUUGCGGAAUUCAUCCGGGACUAACGGGCAUGGACGCCCUACCGUUUGUGGACUUGGUUGAAGCGGAUGAGAUAGAUUUAUUGCUAAUAUCUCAUUUUCAUCUAGAUCACUGUGGUGCUUUACCUUGGUUUUUACAAAAAACUAGCUUCAAGGGUCGGUGCUUUAUGACCCAUGCUACGAAAGCUAUUUAUCGAUGGUUACUGUCGGACUACAUAAAGGUGAGCAAUAUAGCUACCGAGCAGAUGUUGUACUCAGAAUCAGAUUUAGAAGCGAGCAUGGAUAAAAUAGAAACAAUCAAUUUUCACGAAGAAAAAGAUGUAUUUGGAAUCAAAUUUUGGGCUUACAAUGCAGGUCAUGUUUUGGGCGCCGCUAUGUUCAUGAUUGAAAUAGCUGGAGUAAAAAUUCUGUAUACUGGAGAUUUUAGUCGUCAAGAGGAUAGGCAUUUGAUGGCUGCUGAGAUUCCGAAUGUUCAUCCAGAUGUUUUAAUAACAGAAUCUACUUAUGGAACUCACAUUCAUGAGAAACGUGAAGAUCGCGAAGGAAGGUUUACUAACUUAGUAAAUGAGAUUGUCACGAGGGGUGGUCGGUGUUUGAUACCCGUGUUUGCUCUUGGCAGAGCGCAGGAAUUAUUACUUAUUUUAGAUGAAUACUGGAGUCAGCAUCCCGAGCUACAAGAAAUACCCAUCUACUAUGCUUCUUCUUUAGCAAAAAAAUGUAUGGCGGUAUAUCAAACCUAUGUGAAUGCAAUGAAUGACAAGAUUCGCAGACAGAUCGCUAUAAACAAUCCGUUUGUAUUUAAACACAUAUCCAAUUUAAAAGGUAUAGAUCACUUUGAUGACAUUGGUCCUUGCGUAGUGAUGGCAUCACCUGGAAUGAUGCAGAGUGGACUUUCGCGUGAGCUCUUCGAGUCGUGGUGCACGGACUCUAAGAAUGGGGUGAUCAUUGCUGGUUAUUGCGUCGAAGGUACUUUGGCUAAAACUAUCCUGUCUGAACCGGAGGAAAUUACUACAAUGUCCGGACAAAAGUUGCCUUUGAAGAUGUCAGUAGAUUACAUUUCGUUCUCAGCCCACACCGAUUACCAGCAAACUUCGGAGUUUGUACGAAUUCUAAAACCACCACAUGUAAUUCUAGUUCAUGGUGAACAAAAUGAAAUGGGACGAUUGAAAGCUGCACUACAACGGGAAUAUGAAGAUGAUCCAAGUACAGUCAUGGAGAUUCAUAAUCCUAGAAACACUGUGGCUGUCGAGUUAUACUUCAGGGGCGAAAAAACGGCCAAAGUCAUGGGAACAUUAGCCAUGGAAACUCCCACGGCAGGGCAAAAGUUGUCUGGUGUAUUGGUCAAGAGAAACUUUAAUUAUCACAUGUUAGCUCCCUGCGACUUGUCCAAGUAUACUGAUAUGAGUAUGAGCCAAGUUAUACAGCGACAGAGCGUUCACUUCUCUGCUUCUUUGCCACUGCUGAGGCAUUUACUUGCUCAGAUAUCUGGAAACCUGGAGCUUCUCGAUGACAAGAGGCUGCGUGUCUUUAAGAGCAUUGAUGUUACAAUCGAGGGGAAAAUAGUGACUUUGGAAUGGAUUGCAACACCUGUCAAUGACAUGUAUGCGGAUUCUGUACUUACUGCCUUACUGCAAACUGAAAUGAUGGAACAACUUCCAAAAACUCUUCCUGCUCCAACGAAAAUGGACAGAAUGCACUUCAAGGAAUGUCUCAUCGAAUUACUUCAAGAAAUGUUUGGCGAAGAUUCUGUGCCUAAAAUAUUUAAAGGUGAAAAACUUUAUGUAACAGUAGAUGGGAAGAAGGCGCACAUAGAUUUGAUAAACCUCGAAGUAACUAGUAAAGAGGACGACACGCUUAGACAGAUAGUGCAAACUGCUGUUACAAAAUUACAUCGAUCUUUAGCCCCUCCGUCUGAGAAAGUGUAAAUAAAGUGAACGCGGUAUUCAGGCCUCUCAGAUUCAGACAUUCCGAAAAUUGACGCCGCGCCGCGGGGAUGUGUAUGAGGAGUAGCAGGGUCGAAAGCUGCAAGGAGGUGUGUGGUGCUUAUUCAGAUGUAACGAAACAAUGGCAUUUACAUCCGACGUCAGCCUCAAGUUGGCGUGGCUCCGGACACCGCCAGCCCCAAAACCGAUCCUAAAUUCAAAUUUCAUUUUAUUACAUUUAUGUCUUCUAUGUUUAAGAAAUUCACUUCUGACCUUGUUAUAGUUUCGAGUGGAUAAAACUAGAUUUUUUUAUCAAAUCAAAGUAUUUUCAAAGACCCGAUAAUGUUUUGCGAUAGUUUUACAAAAUUAACAUUUUUCGGGUACAAUGUACAUUACAUCGUGAGAACGAGUCUUGUUUAUGUUUAAAACUAUCGAGCAAAAUAAAAACCCUAAUGUAAGCAUA